GGCCAUUAAGUUGAAUCGAUUGAUUUGAUAAAGCUGCUGCAUUUUAUAAAAAUCCUUCGCUGGCACGAGAACCGGACUACCAUUUUUCCCCUCGAAUGGCCGCGGAUUGAACAUGUUCUUGUUGAUGAGUUCUUAGAAAUUUAAAUUCAUAUGAAAAUGCACCGAAACGAUGUACCAUCUCAACCUAAAAUUAAGGGGAAUGAAAAGUAGAACAGAAAAACGUAAAGGUUUCCCAUAUCAAGACAUCCCAACCUGACUGCCAUCGACCCCGAGAGGGUUAUCGUGAAUUAUCUAGAAGUUAAAUGGUUUCUAUCAUAGUCUACCAAUUUUAUAGAAACUUGCAUUCGAAAGUGUUCUUUCUAUUUCACACGAUCGAUGAUAAUCGGUCAUAUAUAUAUUCAAUGGAAUUUUUUUCGUAACUCUGAAGUUGAGAACCUCUGUUCGCCGCCGAUGAAAGCAACAGAUUGCUUACCGCAAUGAAUUGUAGUCACUGCGAGUUUCGGGUUCCCGGAUUUUGUUCAGCCAAACCAGAAAUAGUCCUGUCAGUAAGACGAUCGAAAGAAUGAUCGGCCACGUACGGAACGGUCUUCUCAAUCUUGGCCACAUCGUGAAUCUCGUCUGAAGGAAACUGUCUUCGGCUUAACUAAUUUUUUUAGAAUAGACCCGUUUAUCUCAUCGCGGGAUUAUUAGCUGUUAUCAUUAACGCCGGACAUCCGUUAUCACGAGUUUCUCACGACGGGUCAUCGUGGGAAAGGAAAAAGCCUCGGUGCUUACCUUGGACUGGAAGAAAUUUCAAAGGCCGCAAUUAGAUUUCGAAACUUCGUCGCUCGCGUGUUUGUAACGCCAACGAUUAAAUCAUUCCUAAUUGCCAUUGUAUAGUUCACCUUUAAUCCUGAUAAUAUGACAUCGAGGAUCAGCCGAGAGAGACACUUCAAAUCAGUUUCAAGUUUUUUCUCUGAAGGAAUGUAAAACCACAGUUAAAAGACUUCUUUCAUUAAUCUCACAUAAUGAAUGAAGCUUUCUUGUCGAGUAAUAUCACGUUAAUGAUUUUAUAGAAUUAACGUAUUAACGGAGUAAAAUUAAUCAGCGAAAACACCGUACCCGUACCUGCACCUAUUCAACAACUGGAAUGAGCUUGAAGAAAUUGUUAGGACGCCGUGAAUAAGACAGUGCCGUAGCAAGACGAUCCGUAGCCCUAUUCUUUAUUGAAUGAGGAGAUAAAUUAUUUUAUACGAUUUCUUCGUUUCCGUUUUUCAUAUUGAAUGAAUUUGAAAACAAAAUUUUGCUGAAAUGAUAAGAACUAUAUAGUAUUUCAGGGUCGCACUGCGGUAUUUUUGGGACUAUCAAUAACCUUGGUCAGAAUUACAGAAGAGGAAAGAUAUAUAAGAAUGAACAUUCAUGUAUCUUAUGCAAUUUACAUUCUUAAGCUCGAACCUGAUUCUUUACGUGGGUGGAAUGAUAUACAUACAGAAUCUACAGUCUAAAUGUAGUGCGCCGAAAUAAUGAGCACACUUUUGAUAACUUUUGUAUUAAAUAUCAAUGACAUAAGCAUGAAUGUAGGAGUCAAAACAAUAAUUACUCGGAAGUAAUUAAUGUGUUAUUACAUAUGGUGAUGUGUAGCUUUUAAAAGGGUUUGUUGACGCUGUCAAAUCGUUGACGGGCUCCUACAUUCAGGAAAAUACAUGGUACAGUCUGCUCAAAAAGACUUCUUUACGAGUAAACGAUGUUAUAGAAUAAUUAUUCAUGCAAUUUAAUUUACUAUGAAACUUCAAGUUAAUCAUUAAAUCUACGUGAUUAAGUGAGGAUGUUUAAUUUCCAUUUUUGAUUGUUGAGUAAAGAUUUCUUUUUGAGGAGAACAGUUCAAUCGAGUAGACUGUAUAAAUGGACCACGAAUACCGAAGAGGUCAGCACUAUUCCAACGUACGGUUCGCCACGUUGGAAGAAGUUGACGGGUGACUACUGCUCAUUUGACGUUAAGGAUUCAUUUCUAUAUAUUUCGUUCAAUUAUUGUUAAUUGAAUACACUAAGUAUAGAAUUACAAAGAUGAAGGUGAAGGAGUUGCUGAAGACUGUCAAUGUAGCAUGGUCACCGCCAGCUCAGUAUCCUAUAUUACUAGCUGCUGGAACUGCAGCCCAACAACUUGAUGCAAGUUUUAACACAUCUGCAAGCUUGGAUUUAUAUUCAUUGAAUUUGCAACAACCUGGACUGGAUCUGGAAUUGAAAGCCAGUGUUGCAAGUGACCAUAGAUUUCAUAAAAUAAUAUGGGGUUCUUAUGGUAAUAAUCCAGCUGGUAUAAUCGUUGGUGGUUGUGAUUAUGGAAUGAUAAAGAUUUAUUCAGCUGCCAAACUGUUGACCAAUGAUAAUAAUUGUUUACUAAGUAGUCCAGACAGACACACAGGCCCAGUUAGAGCACUUGAUUUUAAUCCAUUUCAAGCGAACUUAUUGGCAACUGGAGCAACUGAAAGUGAGAUUUAUAUUUGGGACAUUGUUAAUACAAAUACUCCAAUGACACCUGGAUCUAGAAGUCAACCAUUAGAGGAUGUGCAACACAUUGCAUGGAAUAAACAAGUGCAACACAUUCUUGCAUCCACAUUUUCACAGCGGUGCGUUAUAUGGGACUUAAGAAAGAAUGAGCCCAUAAUUAAGCUGACAGAUGCAAAUUCAAGAGUAAGGUGGAAAGUGGUUCAAUGGCAUCCAGAAGUUGCAACACAAUUGUGUUUAGCAUCGGAAGAUGAUCAGGCCCCCAUAAUAGAAUUAUGGGAUCUAAGAUUUGCAACGUCACCAUUAAAAACACUCCAAAAUCAUCAACGUGGGGUUUUAUCAAUUGCAUGGAACCCACAUGAUUCAGAUUUACUUCUAAGCUGUGCCAAAGAUAACAGAAUAUUAUGCUGGAAUCCUAAUUCAGAUGCACCAAAUGGUGAAGUAAUUGGUGAAUUGGCACAAACAAAUCAAUGGAAUUUUGAUGUCUCAUGGUGUCCAAGACAUCCAGGUUUAGUUGUAGGAACUAGUUUUGAUGGACAUGCAGCAAUUUAUUCUUUAUUAGGUGGACAACAACAGCUGUCUACUGAAACAUCUAACAAAAUUGUAGACUCCUUCCCUGGAAUGGAUCCUUUUACUAAGCCUCCUCCUACAAUACAAUCCGAACCAGCAGUUGUUUUGACAAAAGCUCCUAAAUGGUUAAAAAAACCAUUUGGAGUUUCUUUUGGUUUUGGUGGUAAAUUAACAAUAUUUGAGAAUCAACCUGCAGAUCCGAAUAUGCCUGCAAAUUCAAACAGAACAGUUAUUAUAUCACAAGUAAUCACGCAACCAGAAUUAAUUCAACGUUCUAAUGAAUUAGAAGAGGUGCUUAAAACUGAACAGUAUAGCGAUUAUUGUAAAGGAAAGGCUGAAAAAACGACUGAUGUACAUAGAAAAAAAAUAUGGAACUGUGUGGGUGCAUAUUUUGGUGAAAAUGUAACAAAAGAAAUAUUAGAAUUAUUGGGAUAUAACGUAGAAACAAUGAACAAUAAAUUAAAUCAGUUUGUUCCUCAAGAAGACAUCAACAGUAUUACAGAAGGAGUUGAUAAUCUAAAUAAUGUACUUAAUGGGAACGUUAUGGACGGAAGUGCAGCAUUUGAUGCUAUUGCCCAAGAACAAAACAAAAAAACAUCUAUUACUACGCCAAUAAGUAAUAAUAUUAAACUAAAUGUAUCUGAUGAUGAGGAUGGGCUUAUUACUCAAGCAAUCCUCUUAGGAAAUAUUGAAGCUGCAGUAUCUUUAUGUUUUGCCAAUAAAAGGUACGCAGAUGCUGUCAUUCUUUCAAUGGCCGCUGGACCUGACUUAUUAGCACGUACCCAGUACAGAUACUUUUCAGAACAUACUGGAGCACUUAAUUCUCUUAUCAAUUCACUAGUUAGUGAAAACUGGGGAGACAUUGUUAAAAAUAGUGACAUAAAUUGCUGGAAAGAAGUUCUGAUUGGAAUAUUUACCCACUCCAAUCCACAGGAGCGAGCAACUUUAUGCGAUAUGCUUGGAGAUCGUUUAGUAUCAUCUGAUAAUUCAAGCCUCAAAGAACAAGCACAAAUUUGCUAUAUCUGUUCUGGAAAUUUGAACAAAAUAGUGGAGUCCUCUAAUGUAGACAUUCAAGAAGUUGUAGAAUUGGUAAUGAUAAUGCAGAAGGCAUUGGAGUUACAAGGUGUCAGAGAUACACGCAUAGAAGGAAAAAUCGCGAACGUUUUAUCUCAGUACGCAGAAAUGCUAGCAGCAGAAGGUGAUCUCGAAGCUGCGCUGAAUUACCUCGGUAAUAGUCAAGACGAGCGAAUCGUAAUGUUGAAAGACAGGUUGUGUAGAACAUUAGGAUACAUUCAAGAAUCAAAGAGCAUGGCGAAAGCGCCACGAGUACAAAAUUACUACGAUCAGACAAGGAGACCUUCGCAAACAGGUCAUCCACAAAACCCAUUGAUUUCCCCUAGGCCACAAGCAAGACCUUAUAUUGAUACAAAUGUUGCACCUGCAAAACAACCGUUUACACCACCUAUAAAUCAAUUUAAUACACAGAAACAACAACCUUUCGGAUUGUCUCCUCUUCAACCACAUAUGCAAUCUCCUCUGCAAUACGACCAGUAUCAAACAUCUCAUUCUUACAAUCCUGCACCCGUUUCUCAACCUCCUCCUCCGCCACCUCCUACUGGAUCAAGUGGCGUCGGAUCUCGACCGUCCAGUGUUGGACCUCAAGCAAGAUCGAAAUAUCUAAUAGAUCCAUCUGUAAAAUCUACUUCAACAUAUGGUCAAACUGGUUACCCUCAACAAACAUCGCCAUACAGUAAUCAACAAAUUCCACCAUUAUCAAGCUACACCGCGUCAAAUGCAUAUCAGCCACAAAUCCCUAUGCCUACAAAUACAUAUCCUGGACAGAAUUUCACGACCGGUCCAAAAGAACAGGAACCAUUUAAACCAGUUCAGUCUAACAUGUUGACGCCAAUGCAACCUCCGUCUCAAAAUCAAAUGUACGAUCCAAUUAGAACACAACCAUUGUCACAGACUCAUGUUUAUGGAAACGAGAAUGUGUAUCAAGCACCACCACAACCUGCUGGAUGGAACGACCCGCCAAUCGCUAAAAGUAGAUUGCAGCCAAUACUGGCAUUAUACCACAAAAAUGAAAUGUCUGCGGAACAUGCUGGUACCCGGAAAUGGAAAGCAAAACAUUCGAAGAAUGUGAAUAUGCAGCCGAAACAAGAGUAUCAGCCUCAAAAUCCCAUUCUACAUCCACUGAGAGGUGCCACACCGCAAUCUGAGCCAAAUGUGAUGUCUCAAGAAAAGUUUUAUCCUGAUGUACAAGCACCUUACAACCCGCAGCAAUACAACCAAAAUAUUCCAAAUAUGAAUGCUCAGUUUGCUAAACCAGUUGAACCUUUGCAACCUGCUACAAUUGCAAGGGCACCAGAACCAGAGAAACCGAAAGCACCAAUUCCAGAACAACAUAUGCAUUUGAAAACAGUAUUUGAUGAACUGAAGAAUCAAUGUUACGAAAAUGCUAAAAAUCCGCAAAUCAAAAGAAAAUUAGAAGAUGUUUCCAGAAAGUUGGAAGUUCUGUAUGAUUGUCUCAGAGAAAAUAAAUUAUCUCAAAACACUUUGCAAGCAAUGCAUCAAAUAUCACAGAUGGUACAAAAUGGAAAUUACACUGGUGGUUUAGACUUACACACGCAAUUAGUCUCAGGCCCUGAUUUCAGUCAAAUAUCCUCAUUCAUGCCCGGUAUUAAAGUAUUACUUUUAAGUGCCCUUCAAUUAAAUGUUUACAUUAGAUAAAACGCAAUGUAGAAGGCAAAGUGAUUACUAUAAUUCAUUUUUAUAACUUGCAAUUUUUAUAACUCUCAUCCAUUGAGAUGUUUAUGUUAUAUUAACUUACCGUAACGUUCACCGCAGUACGGAUAGUUGAAUCUAUUCGAAUAUGAACUUUGUUGCUUAAUUGUAUCAUAAAAAACAUAGAAUUUACAUCUGAAUUGACUUACGGAAAUUCAAUAAGCAUGUAUCAUUAAUCCUAUAUAAAUAAAAAGACUCAUGUGAAUGAGAUAUGUAAAAAGUAGGAUGAAGUCUCGAAAUCGAGAAUAUUUGGAGCGUUCCCAAGAAGAUUGUUAAUCAAACUCUUUCUUUUAACUACUAUGUAUAUAAUAUUAAAGUUGGCUUUAAAAAGAUCAUGUGUAUAUUUUGAAAUAAAAAAUUAUAUAAUUUUAUUCAAAUUAUAUAUUAAAUUUAUUAUCG